CGUGGAACCGAUUUCUGUUCAAAUUUAUAUUACGUUUCGCGAUUUUCCCACCGACUCUACUUUGAUUAAUUUUAGUAUCUUUAUUCGCUGCGGAAACUAAGCUCUCAAAAAUGUUUUACUCGGAGGCCAUAUUGUCAAAGAAGGGCCCUCUCGCGAAAGUAUGGCUCGCCGCGCAUUGGGAAAGAAAACUUAGUAAAACACAAUUUUUGCAAACGAAUAUACAGACUUCUGUAGGCGCAAUCCUUGGAGGUGACCAGCCCCCAAUGGCUCUACGAUUAUCUGGACAAUUGUUGCUCGGAGUCGUACGCAUAUAUUCACGUAAAGCGAAAUAUCUAUUAGAAGACUGUAAUGAGGCUCUAUUAAAAAUUAAAUUGGCAUUUAGACCCGGUGAAGUUGACAUUCCCGAAGAUCAAAGAAUUGCCAAUUUCGAAUCAAUUACGUUACCGGAUAAUAUAACAGAAUUCGACAUUCUUUUACCAGAUCCCGGUUUGCAUCUCAAGCAAUGGAGUGAUGUCGCUCCGGUCGCUUCAAGUUCAAAUAUCUCUCGACCUCAAGAUAUUACUAUAAGAGAUAAUUUUGAUUUAUCAUUAGAUUUGAACAUCGGUGAUGAUUUGCUGGGGGAUGCUGAUGAUGAUCGAGAUUUUGAUUUAAAUUUAGAUGAUGAUCCUGAUCAAAAAGCAAUUGGCAAAGAUGACAUAGGGUCUCAUAGUCAUGAGGAUGAAACUUCUUCGGAAAUCGAAAUUGCGAGAGAUGCUCAAAACGAAAUUCCGUUAACCGCGGAAGAUGUUAUUGGUAAAAGCAUGGAAGAUGACCCAUUAAUGAUGAUGGAUGAUGGUCCCGAAUUACAAUUGGACUUUGACUUGAACGAUAACAUAAAUCUUGAUGAGAAUACUGAUGUCUUAAACCCUAACACCGAUAUAACUAAGGACACUAAUAUAUUAUCAAACCUGGAUACAAAUAAGGAUGAUACUAUGAAUAUAGAAAAUCCUGAUGGAAUGGACAUAGACAUUCCAAUUAAUUUCGAUUUGGACGAAACCAACAACAUUAACCCAGAAGGUCCAAUUUUUUCACCAACAUCCCAAAGAAGCGUAGAGAGACAAGAGCCUCAAGGUCCUCAGGAACAAGAACCUCAAGAGCCUCAAGAAUCUCAGGAGUUUCAAGAGCUUCAAGAACCACAUGAUACGCAAGAAUUUCAAGAACAAGAGGAAGUUCGACAACAUGGGCCAGUUCGUAGGAAGCGAAGGUUGAUCGUUGAUGAAAUAACAGAGCUACCUAACAGGCAUAUUAAAAGUCAAAUAGACGACACAUCAGAUAUUUGCAUUGAGCCAUCAUAUCUUCCUGUUUCAAGAAAAUUAUUACGGUUAGCGGAAAUCCGCCAAAUGGGAGCUUGGUAUUUUCUCGAUCUAACCGCUCCACAUAAUAUUUUGCCCGAAUUACGUUACCUUUUUGCUCGAAAGCGUCAAAGAGUAUCUUCACCAUCUAAAGUGCAAGAAGACGACAACGAGGCACUACCAGGCCCGUCGGGUACAACAGAAUUAGAUACUGAUACAUUCGACAACAAAAAUAAUGAUGAAUUUGUGCUCCCGGAAAUAACAGAAAUCCCAAAUUCUCCUGAUUAUAACCAAGGAUGUUGAUAUCACAGAACAAACACAAGCGAAUAAAGAAAAAGAAAAAGAAUCCACGCAAGAUAAAGCCAUAACAUCAGCUCCACCCUCAGAACAUGACGAAUUCGAUGAUCAAAUUGAUAAUGU